UUAAAACAGUGUUUAGAAGUCUUUGUAGUAAUUGAAAAUGCAAAGAUCUUACGAAAAAAAGACAGUUGUUUAAGUUUUAGGUACCUUCGGUAUAGUACUUCUGGCUGUGGUACUGGGUGCAGCUAAUUCACGGCAUGAUCCAUUUCUUAGCGGUGUUCACUUCUAUUUGGAGGUUACGUUGGCGGUUUUCUUUAUUUGCGAAUUUGCUGUGCGUAUGUGGUGCAUAUCAGUAUAUUCGUUGAACAUCAAACGAAAAAAAAAAAUCAGUUUUCGGAUGUACAUGUCUAUCCUAUGCGUAUAUAUAUACGGGUGUAUAUGCAUAUAUAUAUUUGGGUACAUGUCUAUUUAUGCAUAUGCAAAUUUUCUUUUAGAAUCCGAAGCGUUUUCCACUCUCGCCCACGCUUGGUGGUUCACAGUGAUCACGAUACCAACAAUUGGGUAUGGUGAUAUUGUGCCAUCACAAUCGUCAUCAAAGAUCGUCGUGUGCUUUCUGGGAUUUCUCGCUUAUUGCACAUUUGUGGCUGCUUCAACUCAAAUAUCCGUAGGCCUGACGCUUAUGAUGGAGGAAAAAAAACAUCACCAUUUAUGUUCAUGUAAAUUUAAGACUUCAAAAGGGAUUCUACACGCCAUAGCCAAACGAAUGAAUAGAAACCGUCAGUUAACGUCAAAAUUUCUUGAGAAAGUUAAAAGGUAA